AUGCCUAUACCCUCAAAAUUUGGAGGGACAAUGAACACACUGUAUCUCAAGCCCAACUGCGUAAUCACCUCUAGACACGCCGCACAGAAUCUCUGCCCCAAGCAGCGUCCUGAAGAUCUCAUGUUUUCUUCCCCUCCUCGUAAUAACUUCACCUGGCCUGCUAUAUUUUCCUCCCAUGAAUUGAAGGCACCGAAGACGUCAAUCAGCAAUAAAGCUACCGAUGCCGCCAACCCCUCCCACAAAUUUGACAUAGCACGCCAGGUCACAAUUGCUCAUGAUAAGUUGGACGACUUUGAUCCAGCCCCAGAAGAUAUGAUCUCAGCACCCAUUGUACAACCUGCGCCAUCCAAAGCCAUUCCGUUCAAGCGAUCUACAGAGGGAGACGAAGAAGAUGCACCCCCUCGGAAGAAACUGCGUGUGUCAAUGAUCCAGAAGGCAAAAAUGUCCAAGGGGUCAAAGUCUGCUUCAAACUCGCCCAAUACGAAAGAAAUGCCACCCCAGACGGAAAGUAGAUCAGCAAAGGCCGUCUCCGGUCGUGUUCAGUGUGCAACAUAUGCCCUGGAAAUGCUGUCAGACAACGUGGGCGCAUCAUGCUGUCAACCUUCUCCUCAUUGGUGA